AGGAUCAUCAGCUGACUCGCCCAACUCCUCUUCCCCGGCUUCGCCCUAUUCAUGCACAACCGAACGCCGAGCUGGAGCCAUCGUUCAGGAAGCGAAGAGGAGGAGGAGGAGGAGCCGCAGCCUGUGCGCCGCCUUCAUUUCCCGGGGAGACUCUUUCUACGGCAGCUGGUUUGGUGGGAGGGUAGUGCCCGCCCCUGGUUCAGAGUCAGCUGAGCGAUCGAGUGCGGAACCCCGGCGAAGCCAGGAGCUGGGGAGAGAGUGCGGUGGUGCUACCAGUGAAUCUACUGACCUAUGAUACAGUGAACAUUGUUAUCAGCCAUGGCAUACAAUGAAGGCAUCAGUGGGGACCCUAAUCAACUAGCACAGCAUAUAACUUCCAAUAUCCAGAAGAUCACACAAUGCACUGCAGAAAUACAAAGAGUACUGAAUCAACUUGGAUCACCGCAAGAUACACAUGAAUUGCGGCAGCAGCUACAACAGAAGCAACAGUAUACAAACCAACUUGCCAAAGAAACUGACAAAUACAUUAAAGAGUUUGGAUCUCUGCCUUCAAUAAAUGAACAGCGUCAAAGGAAAAUACAGAAAGACAGACUUGUGAAUGAGUUUACUACAGCACUAACCAAUUUCCAGCGGGUCCAAAGACAAGCUGCUGAGAGAGAGAGGGAAUUUGUAGCAAGAGUACGAGCGAGCUCCAGGGUAUCGGGGGGUGCCGCUGAGGAAAGUUACAGAGAAGGAACACUAGUAUCUUGGGAGAGUCAAACUCAAAGUCAAGUACUAGAUGAAGAAAUCACAGAAGAUGAUCUUCGUCUUAUUGAAGAGAGAGAAACUGCCAUCAGGCAGCUUGAGGCAGAUAUUAUGGACAUCAACGAAAUAUUUAAAGAUCUGGGGAUGAUGAUUCAUGAACAAGGAGACAUAAUAGAUAGCAUAGAAGCCAAUGUAGAAACAGCUGAAGUCCAUGUCCAGCAAGCAAAUCAGCAGUUGUCUAGAGCAGCAGAUUACCAGCGCAAGUCCCGAAAGAAAAUGUGUAUCCUUAUUAUUGUACUCACUGUAGGAAUAACCGUCCUUGCCCUAAUCAUAUGGGCAGCAACAAGAUCCUAAGCAGGAGAAUUUCCACAGCCAUGUCUCAUCAGUAAAUGGUGGAGCCAUCUUUAUCACUUCUGCUUUUCUACAGAAUGCAUUUUUUAAAAAUCCAGCAGUGCUUCCUUUCUUCCUUCAGCUUGCACAGUACAAUUCAGUGAAUUUAUUGCACCGUUGAAUGCAGCAGUGCACCUUAACCGGAGGCGGCUACUUGUCCAUGCCUGCAAGUCUGUUGUCUUUUCCUUUUGCCUCCAGGCCAAGUUGAGAUGGUUAUGUGAUACCCAGCUGGUAUGGUGCAGUGAUGAACUGUCAUUCAAGUGAGGCGAAUUUGCAGAUAGAUAUGUGAAGCUGUGUACACUCUGAGGGCUGUGAACAAGGUUGUUCAGUUGUGCCUUUUGAAGGUCUCACUGAGAAGCUUAAAAAGCAAUGUGAAGGGUAUAAAUUGUAAAAAUUCAGUUUAUUCAGUCAAUUCCUAACCUAUGGCUUCAACGGGUCAACUUGAUUUCUUGUAACAAAUCAUGAGUUACUCUGUGUAUAUGUAAUCUGAAACUUUUAAUUUCUUACUUGUUUUAAGUCCUCAUGUAUGCUGCCCCAAUAUUUUCUUUCAUACACUCCUCUUUGUGUGUACAAUUCAAAUCUAAUAGGUUGCUGGCAGCUAUAUUCUCUUUCUAUUCAAUAUUUCUGAAACUUUUGGAUUAAUUCAGCUGGGGUUUUUUUUAGUUUUGUUUUGCUUAAGAGCACACUUCAUAUUUUGAUAUAAACCAGGUUCUGGGUAUUUGGCAAACUUGGCAAAGUCUAAUCUGAUAAAAGGGAUUUGAUUGUGCUUACCUUCAAGACUUUGGGACACAUUUAAAGUUAGCAGAUAUUUGUAUACUUUAUGUAUCCAUCAGAUGUUUGAAGUCUACGGGCAAAACUAAUACAUGUGAAAUGGCCAAUAACAAAUUAGACUUUAUGAGACUCUUUGAUUUAAGUUGCCAAAUAAUACACGUAUCUAACUAUUUUAAGUAAUUUUCUCAGAUCUUUAUACAUGGUGGUGGUUGACAAACAUCCUAAACUUAAUUCUGAUUGAAUUUCAGAAAGUUCUAACCCAUAAAAAUAAUAAAACCUGUGGGGAGUUGGGGUUUUUAAAAGCAAUUAAUUAAUUCUCGUUUCCUUGAUGUAUAAGUACAAAGUCCUGAAUUAGUUUUGGGAAGUUCUGUCUUCCAAACAAUUGAAUUCAGUUUAAUUAUUUCAAAUCUUGGAGAUUUUAAGAACUGGGCUUUGUGACUUUUUGUAGUAACACAACUUGGAAAAGUAAUAUGAAGUUAUUUGCCAGCUAAUCUGUUCUGCUUUUUUUAAAGAAAAAAAGAAAUGUUAUUGAACUAAUAUUUACUGUAUAAAUAUUACUUAUCUUAUGAAUUUUGUACAGCAGUUUGAUAGAGAAGCAGCAUUUACAUGAUAAGUGAGACUUGUGAUUUGGGAAGGACUAAAAAUCCACAGGCUAAUUUGGAUUGCAUGAUCUAAAUAAAGAUAGUUUUGAAGGUGAA